CUUCACCUUUCAUUGGUUUGGAUUUAUGAGACCUUCAUGCAGUACAUUGAUCGGGUAGUAAUAUCUGGUGACGGGAGGUGAAGUUUUUUUUAAAGUAUUUAAUCAUUACUUAAAGAACGUCCUGUGGAUCUCAUCAUGAGCUCUUCAGCUGACACAAGGAGCAAAGGAAUGAUGUUCGCUGAGAAUCUACUUUUGAAACAUGGUUGGGAAAAAGGUAAAGGUCUUGGCAAGAAGGGUCAUGGAAUGUCAGAAGCCAUCAAAGUAAAAGUGAAAUGCGACAAUGCAGGGGUGGGUCACAGCAUGGGUGAGCAGUUUACUUUCCACUGGUGGGAUCAUGCUUUCAACAGAGCAGCCUCCAGUAUUGCUGUGGAAACCAGUCAGGGUGGUGUUCAGGUGAAGAAGGUCUCUGAUGAGAAAGAGAAUGGAAUGAUCUCCAACAGAAAGCCACGGAAAAAGGGACAGGACAAGAAUAAUAUGCUUUAUGGCCAUUUCAUUAAGUCAGCCACACUCUUAUCACAAAGUGAAGAACCAGAGAAGGUGUCUGAGAACAGUGACAGCAGCAGUGAAGAUGAGGAUGAAAAACUUGAUCUUUCUUCUUCCAGAAGGCUUACAGAUGAAGAACUACUCAGAGCAUGUGGAGGUCUCACUGCCCACAAGGGUGCCCGUCAUGGUUUAAACAUGAAUGCCAAGCUUGCUAGGUUGGAGGAGCAGGAAAAAGAAUUCUUGGCAAAGUAUAGCAAGAAGGCUGAAGUGAAUUACAGCAAGGGUCUAGAACAACAACCAGAAGACGGCAAAGAAAAGGAAAAAAAGAAAAAAAGCAAGGAGUAUGUGCACUUGUCUUUUUGUCAUGAUUCCUCUUGGAAUGGAGAGAAGGUUAAUAAGGUCACAAAUGAGGAGGAUAAUGCCAGCACUGACAAGUUGUCUGUCAAAACAAAGAAGAACAAAAGAGAAAAAAUGGAUGAAGUAUCCAAUGCGACUGAAGGUGGCGUAACAGUUUUGGAGGAGGAGAGUGAAUGUAAGAGGAAAAAGAAGAAAAAGAAACACAAAAGAGAUGAAACAGAGAACUUUACUGAAAGUGGGACAGAGUUAAGAACAGCCUCCCCAGAGAUCAAAAGAAAAAAUUACCACAGAGAGGAACUAACUGGAAGUGAAGCAGAAUGUGACAUUAACUCUUGUAAGAUUAAAAAAAAGAAGAAAAGGAAGCUAAAACAUGUGGUAGAGUAAACUUGCUACACUGGUGGUGAAAGGUAUCUUGAUACUGCUGAAUCCUGUAUUUCUUGCUUACCUACAAAUAUACAGAGAUGCUAAAGAAAAAUAAAUCUUCAUUAUGUUUUGCAUCUA